AUGGCAGCCGGAGAUGCAUCAGAGUCCGUAAACGAUACGGAGGAGACCCACGCCAGGGGCUCCUUCAAGAUGCCGCUGGCGGUUGCCAAAGACGGCAAGUGGCGCAUGCGGUGGGAGACUCCACCGCGCACAGAAAACGUGAUCCUCGGAGCGGCUGGCCUGAAGACCGCGGGCUCCUUGCCGAAUGAGCUGAAUUUGGCGUCCGAGCUGAAGAUCGUCGACGUGGACGUGGCGCUGUGGCAGUGCAGAUGGCAUCUGGAAGUCUGCGAGCCCACGCUAGCCUACGCGUGGGCAACCGUCUGGAUGUUAAGAUCCGCAGAACUUGUUGCAGUGAGGUGGAUUCAUGUCUCAGUGAACGAGCAGGAGAAAAGCAUUUCGCUACAGAUUCCCAUCACGAAGACAGAUCAAAUUGGAUGGGGCGUCCGACGCACUCUGGGUUGUUGCGUCCUUCGGAAGUGCGGCUGGACCUGCGCCUGGAAGGUGUGGAUGGAAAUCAGCCGGAGGGCAACGUCAAAGUCGGACUUUGUCUUCGUCGAGGUGUGCGAGGGGACCAAGUCGACGAGAUUGAUGGCGGCAGCGUGGAAGGACAAGCUCAAGGCUGACCUGACUGGACACUCGGCGCGCAGGUCGGGAGCCAUGAUGUACGUGCGAGCUGGGCUGCCGCUUCAGGAAGUUGCUUUCUUGGGGAGAUGGAAAUCAAGCAUCAUGCUGGUGUACACGGAGGACGCCCUGGAGGAAGUCCCCGCUAACCAGUGGCUUCUCCCAGGCGUGGCAACUGCUGGUGCCAAAAACUUCGCGAGCUGGAAGGCGCGAAGGACACCCAGACCUUCAGGUUCGGAGCUCGGUUGCGACAUCCCAGUGCCCUUGACCCUGCCGUCUACCUUUGCAGCGGCGACCACUCCUUCAAGGGCACCAGUGGACGUGGAGGAGCAGGACUCGGCAACCGCGGUUUCGAGCGCUGGCAAGCGCAAGGUGAAGGAUUUGUGGGUCUACUCCAUACGAGACAAUAGAGACAAUCCUACUUUGCACCUGUUGGCAGCGGCAGGGUGGGAUGUGCCUAUGAGCUCUUGGAAGACGGCGUGCAACUAG